UUUUUUUAAAUGUGUGCGCGCGUGUGUCGUUUGUGUUAUGCUAUGAUUAAAUAAAUAACCCUCAGUUUGCAGGGCAGGGAAGCUGAUUUUCCUCCCACUGUUCAAUUUUAAGUGCAAGAAAAAAAAAGCCUCGGUGCAGCUGAUUUACAAAUCUGUAUUGAUCUAUGUUCCUCACUUCCAGCUUUCAGUAGAGGCGAAGCUUUUGCAGAAGCUUUAUUCUUUCCUCUGUGAUGUUAUCCUCGAGCGCUAGUGGCUGGGUACCUGCCGAAAGUAUUCGGGCAUAGCUGUCUCGUUUUGUGGGGUCUUCCGAUGUAUUAGUUCUGUGUGUAACUUGCCUCUUCCAUUCUCCUCCACCCUACCCCCAUAUGUCCUUAACUGCAUUUUUUCUAAGAAUAAGUCGUUUCUUGCCUGGAGGCUUCCAAACUGCCCUCAAAUUACCUAAAAAAUGCGUCUCUACCGUAAAUUGAUCCAUAAUGUAUUUUAGUUGGAUUAUUUAUACCCCGGGAUCACAGCAAGAUUUUUCCUCGGGAAGCUGGCUUCUUUUGCCUUUAAAAUUAAGGAAAGCUAAUGCCUCUGACUGCAUUAUCUGACGUAUUUAGUGUUUGGUCUAUGGUCGAAUUAACGGCAAGCACAACUUCUUGCCUUUAAAUCAAUGGAAACUGAGCGAUGGGGGCUGAGGAGAAGCGAGAAGCAGAGAGGGGCUGUAAUUUAAGUCUGUUUUUUCCAAAGUUUGGAUGAAUCGCUCCCACGCCCCCACCCUCCCUUUCUAUUUAUUUGAAAUUUCCCAUCAUUAGUCGCCUGCCUGGAUGUUGUCCCUGCUCCACGCUCGUGCUGCGUCUAAAGUAAUCGGCGUGAACCUUCUCUCCCCUCCCCAGUUUUUUGUGUCAGCCAGCCCCAGUACGACUUGUUGUGAAUCUGCCUCCAGAUCCGUAUCGGAUGUUACCUCUGGAUCUGCCCAAGCUGCUACUCUUUGCUGUCCCUCUUAUGAGAACAGGCUGCUGGCCAGCACCAGGACGGAACUCAAUGCAGCUCUGGGGAUGUACACUUCUCCCUAUGCAGCCGCCGCAGCGAGCCAGAGUUAUGCCAACUACCUUCCCUACAGUGCAGACCCGUCCACUCUCUACACCACGCUGAACCCGCAGUAUGAAAUUAAGGAUGGCACCAGCAGUUUGCACUCGGGAAUCGCACAGCCUGCUGCCUACUACCCCUACGAUCAUUCCUUAGGGCAGUAUCAGUACGACAGCAGGUAUGGGACCGUGGAUUUCAGUGGUUCGGCUAGACGCAAAAAUGCAACUCGAGAAACAACCAGCACCCUUAAGACCUGGCUGUAUGAACACCGGAAAAACCCUUAUCCCACCAAAGGGGAAAAAAUUAUGCUGGCCAUCAUCACCAAAAUGACUCUGACUCAAGUGUCCACUUGGUUUGCUAACGCCAGGCGUAGGCUCAAGAAAGAAAACAAAAUGACCUGGUCUCCUAAGAACAAAGCAGGAGAGGAGAGAAAAGAGGAAAACAAGAGAGAAGAGGAGGAAUAUGGCUUGGAACCUGAAGGCAAAGCAGAUCAGAAAAGCUGCAAGGAAGAAAAGGAAUUAAGACUGAGUGAUCUGGAUGACUUGGACGAGGAGGAAGCUGAGAAGCUAGACGGGGACCGAAAGGGCACCCAUCAAGAAGCCUCCAGCCUCAGCACCGCCUUGGCUGAGUCUGAGAAAAGCGACUGCAGCUUGACGCCACCAAGCAGUUUUCACACUUUCCCCUGUACCAAAGCCAGCUCAGCAGCAGCAGGAGACUUCUUAGAGACGGUGGGCCAAAAGCCAGGCCCCUUAGUGGGCACUAUGAGUCAAGUGCAAGAAUACGAAACGACAGAAAAGCCCAGAAUCUGGUCUUUGGCUCACACGGCAGGUGCCAAUGUUAUAAUUGGCCCCAGCACCCCUGAACCAAGGACGGUGAGCCCGGACUGCUUGCUGCUCAGAGGACGGCACCCUGUCCCUGGGCACUGCGGUGAAGGGAGGCCCCUCGCCAGUCUAAGAACCCAGCCUGGUACUGACAGUGCGUUUGAAGAGCUGCCCCAGGCCACCAAGAUAUUCAGAAACUCCGCUUUCAACCUCCAGUCAAUACAGCUGAACUGUGCUUCCUAUCCAGGCUUGGGGGAGACGUGCCAGUAUUCCUCAGGAGCUGAAGGGUUUGGGAGAAAUGUGAAACCUACCCAAGGAGCCAUAGAUCUCAGUGAAGCUUGCCUAGUACAGCAUAAAGAGAAACUGAGAACAGCUUUUAGGCCAGUGCUGAAGAGGUGAGCAGGUUAGCCUCUGUCUUUCUGAGAAUCCUGAAGAUGGUUCUCAGUCUGCGUCUUGGCUUAAAACAAUCCUCCAUGAACAAUGAUGAUCUCCACUCCUUGAAAGCAUUAACUGUGACUCUGGCUUCCCUCCCCCUGUGAUGGGGAGCCGUCAUACCAAUUGCACAACUUGCUUUUAACAAAUGGAUGGGACUUAACACACAAUCGGAAACAGGACGGAGGAACAUUCUAGACCUUGUCUCAUGCACUGGAUCAUUGUAGUUUCGCACAAGUUUACAAAACAGUACUCCUUCCCAUCUCUGAGUCCACUGCAAGCCACAUCGUCCUCAAUGUACAACUACUUUGUCAUUUGUUAAACCCCCAGUGAUUGUCUUUACCAAAAAAAGCCAAACUUUUUGCUUUCUUUCACCCACAUUUGCGUCUUCCUUUAAACUACUACUUUCAUUUUCUUUUCUUCCUCUGGUACAGUAUCUUUGUAAAUCAUAAUGUCUGUGUUUGUUCUGGGGAGACAGAGAGAGGUAUGGUUUAAGUUAAUAGUGCAACAUGCAAGGCUGUUUCUUUUCUGUCAUUGUACAAGGAUAUGGCUGAAAGUAUUUUUAAGAGUCUCUAAUUAAAGCGGAUCAGCUGAA